UUUGUUUAGGCUUUCAUCUUUGAAAAUGUCUACUUACUUUGGUUUGGUUUGGGACACUUUUCUAUUUACCAAAUGUUUGUCUUUUAUUUUUAAAAUCUUAACUAAUCUAUAAACAAAAGUCAACACGGCAGAAUAACUUAACAUAUACAUACAGACUAGGGAGAGAGAGAGAGAGGUUGUGAGAGACAUGGGUUGUUUGUUUUGCUAUGGGGGAGAUUCUUCUGCAAAAAAGUCAGCAAAAGAUAAGAGAAAAACCAUCACCUCUUCUUCUGAUAAAGUUGUGCCAAAAAAGGAUUUGAAGAUUUUGAGUUACAACGUCUGGUUUGCUGAAAGUGUUGAACUUCGUAUACGAAUGAGAGCCAUAGGCGACAUUAUUCAAUUGCAUUCUCCUGAUGUCAUAUGUUUGCAGCUUAGCAAAUUGCCUGUGAAAUCCUUUGGUUGUGAGCCAUUUAGUUAUUCCUCAAUGGGAAGAGAGUUAUGUAUCGCAGAAGUUUUGGCCCGAGGAGGAGAUACUUCUUCUUUGGUGGUUGCAACAACCCAUCUCGAGAGCCCGUGUCCUGGCCCGCCAAAAUGGGACCAAAUGUACAGUAAAGAACGUGUAAAACAAGCAAACGAGGCUGUCGACUUUCUCAAGAAAAACACGAAUGUGAUAUUUUGUGGUGAUAUGAAUUGGGACGAGAAAUUAGAUGGAGAGUUUCCUCUGGCAGAUGGAUGGAUUGAUGCGUGGACUGAACUGAACCCGAAAGAAGUUGGUUGGACUUAUGAUACAAAGGCAAACCCGAUGCUGUUUGGUAAUAGGAAACUGCAGAAACGGCUCGACCGAUUCUUGGUCAGUUUGAGUGAUUAUAAAGUGGAAUGCAUUGAAAUGGUGGGGACUGAAGCUAUACCACAAGUGACAUAUAUGAAGGAGAUAAAGGGAGGGAAAGAAUUGGAGCUUCCUGUUUUGCCCAGUGACCAUUUUGGGUUGCUGUUAUCUGUGACUGCCCUGUAAAAAAAAAAAAAAAAAAAAAAAAACACCAUUAGUGGCUUACUUACUGCUUUGUGUAUGCUUGAUGAAUGACAACUAAUCAAGGGGGUGUAAUGGGUUUCUUGAUGAUUGACCAGUAGUAACAUGGCCCAUUGGUAAACACUUGUUGAUGGUCCCAUGUGUCAUUCCCUUUUGACUACAACAUGUGUUAUUCUUCUC